UUGCAGAUUGGAAAAAAGACUAUAAAUCCGGUGGUGGCGCUUUCUACUUGAUUUCUGUUCUGUUGUAUUUGGUCUUUGAAGUUAACUGCUAUCAGUACAUAAACUUUCAUUAAACCCAUACGUACCGUACGUACGUGAUCCUUCUUUUUUUUGAGUUGUCAAAUUCCCCGCAGUCACGAUUCUUCCCUUUACGCAUUCCGUUGUUUUUGAUUGUAUCUUGUUACAUUUAUAUAAUUCUGGAUGUCUUCCGCGCGGGGCGCUGCGGGCGCCGUUAAACCUAAACUCCACAACGUAAAUAGUAUUUACGCAGGCAAAAAUCAAAACGCCGUCAAGGCGCCCGGUGUGGGCAAACAUGGCGGACUUCAAAGUCUUGGUAAAACAACAGCGGUGGUACGUCGUAUGCCACCACCGGCUACGUUACCUUCGCUAAGAGCAGAAAGUCAAGGACAAGAUCCUAAUAUUGCACUCGUGCCACAGGGUGGCACUGGUUGGGCCAAAGGGGAUACAGGCGUAGCAAAUGGCCAAGCAGCAGAUUUUCAGUCGGUAAUAAAAUCGUCAGCCAGUUCAACGGGAUCUACAUCAACAACAACAGCUACAUUAAGCACAUUAGGCGGGAUAAGCAGCGGCUGCGGACCGCAUACAACUGAUUUACGACCAACAUGGGCGAAACAACCAAAUGUUGCAGAAACGCAAGCAGCAGCACUACAGAAUGCGAAUACAGUAACGGCCUCAUCAAGAGAUUUCCCAUCGCUUGCGGCUGCUACUGCAGUAACCGCAAAACAGUCCAGCAAUGCUUUAACCGAAAGUCUCAAGCCACAGAAAUCUGGAAGUUGGCGUGCCGGAGGCAGUUCGGCAGUAUCACGAAACGAAGGGGAUGUACCACAGGUGACGCUACAUUCGCAUUUAGGACCAUCUUAUUUAUCCACUACUGUAACUACACGUGUUGCAGAGAGACAGUUGCCUUCCCGAUACUACGACACAACAGCAGUGCCACCACCACCACCUCCAAAUGGUGCAUUCCAAGUGCCGAAACUGCAGCCAGCCAUAUCUGUUUCCAGUUCAGGUCCUUUGGAAACUUUGAGCAGUCAGUCAUUAUCAGCAGAAAGCGCACCAACACGAAAAACGAGUUGCCCAAGCACAACAGGUGUUCCUUCAGUGACGCCUCAAUACCCAGCAAAUAUAGCAGUUCCACCACCAAAUUACUGUCGACCACCACCAAAUUUUCUUCCAGCGCAGAUGGAUUCUUCGCGAAGCGGGUCAAAUUAUGGUGCACACUUGCAGCCAUCCGAAGACGGAACAGAUGGAAAGCAAGUACAGCCGAAAAAUGGACUUGGCGACGAAGGUUGCAACAACCGACGAUAUUUGGAGAAAGUAAAAGACGGUGUUAUGCUCGAACCUACGCAGAUAACGAUAUCAGGUGAUAUCCAGUCAAAUUAUGCUCGCAGAGUGAUAUGUGAUAAUCGGGGAAGUGAUUUCGACGAGUUCACCUCUAGAGCUAAAGGUGAAUGGCAGAAUACUACAUAUGCUAGUAAUGAUGAAGAAACGCACCGAUGGCUUAAUGCGAUUGGCUGUACUGGUCAAGAACCGCAGCAAUGUGCUUCCGAAUUCUCGCAGAAUGGUUAUUCUCGUGAUCGCGACGAGGAAUUGGGUCGCAGGCAGGAUAUUGAACGUGAAGCGGCUAUCGAACGUUCGCGUCAAAAAAGACGCAUGGCUAGCCAGAGCUCAGCACUAUCGGAAAGCGAAGGUGGUAGUGUGCCGUCGGGUUAUGGAUCUGUUAGAAUGAUGAAUGCAUAUGAAAAUGACUCAUAUCCUGAUUGGGAUCAGUCCAUUCGUGGCAGCUUUGGAUUACAAAAGAGUAAUGAUGAUUCAGUAGAUCGAGAUGGGGAAUGUUGGGGUGUUGUGACUGGAUACGACGUAUCCACUCGGCGGGAUGAGCAAGAAACAACACAGCGAAUCGAAUUUCGAAUGCUGAAACGCCCAGAAAGUAAAGGAGAUGUUGCGCAACAAUUGUCCAAAAUGGGUGUGCAAGACAGUGAGACACAUGAUGAUGAUGAAGAACUACAACUGACAAAACUUUCACGACCAGCAGCAAAAAUCGUGAAAAGAAUGGCUCCUGGAAGUAUUCCAACGAUUGAAGGAACUAAUCAGUCGUCUGAAACAACUAAUUCGCAAACACAGCGUAAACCGACACAGCAACAGAAGAAUAUCGACAAAAAAACUAGUGACUCACGUAUCCAAACCUCUUCACACGGGCACCAACAGAAGGCAUCGUUUCAUCGUGAGAUUGAUGGCAGUCCGUCAAAUGAAUGGGUAACCCAAAAGCAAAAAGCUUCAUUGAGCGGCAUGUCACAACAGUCACAUGCGGUAACAAAAACACGGGAAGAUGGAGUUGAGGGUGCACAUCUUACAAACGCACCAGCAGUUUUGAUGGCACCACCACCGGCAGAUAACGUUUGGGAAAAACGAGCGGAGGAACGUGAAAGUGCGGAAAGGGAACGUGCGGCACAACAGGAUGUCUUAAAUCAGAUGCGUUUGCAGCAGCAGUUUCCUGCAGUAUGUGAACAAUCAGGUAUAAGUACGAACGAACCGCUCGAUGAAAAUUCGUCGGUAGGGCGCUCCGAAAACGCUUAUUCAAAAAAUGAACACCAGCAUGGUCGAAGAACUGGUAAUAGAAGUCGAAAUCGAGAUGCGCAUAAAUGGACAGAAAAGAAAUACAGCUAUGGUCAGCAACAUGGUGAAGUUUGCGUCCAGGAUUAUUACGCACUCGAAGAAGAGGAAGACGGAAAUGGAGGGACAGAUGGAAGUGGUGGACUUUUCCACGGUCAGCGUGAAUUUGUGAAUUCAAGAGUUCAUCGUUCUGGACGUGGCUCAUCAUUGGUAAAUUCUCGUGGUAGUAGAAGUUAUGCUUCCGGUAGCUUGGGAAUACGUCGUGGUGGCAGUAUGCCACAUCAGCAUCUUGGCACUGGGCAAACACAUCGAAUUCAAAAUAGAUGUGAACGGAAUCAGCGUCGUGGGAAAUGUCAAGAACCUCAGGAGGAUAAUUUCUCGAAUAUGGGCGAAUUUCGCGUCGAAGAUACUUAUGUAAAUGUACCAUUUGUUAAAGAACCAUUAGCGGAAGAGAAAACAGAGGAGGAUAACAUUUCUGGUGCUGUAAUUGUAGUGCAGGAUCAAGAACGUCAUAUACAGAGUAGAAAUAUCACUCGUCAGGGUGGUUCUCAUCGUAGUGCUCAGCAAUUAUACGAGCCGAAAAAACGUCAAGAAUAUAGUCGCACGGGGAGAAGGGGUGCCCGCGCCGGUUCAGCAAAAAUUAACCCUCAGCGCACUAGCGAUGUUCGAACAACAGGUACUUUUCAGAAUCCACCCGAAAGAGGGAAACGAAAAAAGGUUAACGAAGAGCAUAAGGUGGUAAAUGAUGAAAGUUCAUCUCGAACUCAUGGUGAUGGAUCAUACAGACGAGGUGGAAUUCGUGGAACAAAUAGUAUACGUCGGCGUAGGCAUUCUGGUGUACGUCAGAGUGGCGGUCAUGGUAGUAAUCAGCAAUACAGUAGCGGUACUGGGCGUACAACUCAGUUGAAAUCACCGGUCACUUCAGAAGGACAAGAAGAAUGGGAAACAGCUUCUGAAAGUAGCGAUUUCGCAGACCGACAAAAGCAGGUAAGACGUCAGAAUGCGCCAUCAAAGUAUAGCAGCUCACGCAGAACUAUUCGCUCUAGCAAUGGACGUCGCGAAGGCGGUGCCGAAACUGUAUCCAAUCGUACUUCAAAUAGUUCAAAAAACGUGAAACCCGCCAGCACUACGUCGCACGUGGCCACCCGCGGUGCCCAGUUAGUAAAGGAGGAAACAGCGCCGAUAACACAGGGUGAUGCAACACGAAGACCUGAUACCUGCAGAGACGGGCUGGCGGGAGUGGACAUCAACAAUGCAGGUGUGAUUGUGAUUGAUGAUCGUCCGGACGGACAAGUGGAUGAUGCCACGGAGAAUAAUGACGAUUUUGAAGAAGUAUUGUCCAAGAAAAGUAGGAAACUUCGGCAGCAACAGAUCAAUGAACAAUUAGAAGCAGAAGAACGUCGAAAAAUUAAGGAAAAGGAGAAAAUGGAACGGCGUAAAGCGCGAGUGCAAGCGAAGCGAGUAGGAAAGAAAUCAGCAACGAAGAAUGACCGUACUGGUCCAAAUAGUGUUAAUUUAGCUAACGAGGGUGCUACAAAAACCAGUGGUAUGAAUACGAGUAAUCAUGGAGUCAGAGAUGCUGUUAGUGGUAUGAAUCGUCCAAUUUUGACGAAUGCACAGAAUACCCUCAACACUACCGUUUGGAAUAGCUCGAUUGUUCGUGAACAAUCAACACAUCCAUCUCCACCGAUUGAAAAUCGUCCGGUCAUGCCAUCACCUAUAGCUCGUCCUACACCGAAAGCGAACAUCUCUUCUGCCUCAGUAGUGAAUGCCGCGGUAAAAAAAGAAGUUGACUUAUGGGCAGGAGCGGAGGGCGAACAACGACUUCAUACGGCUCGGAAGUUUGUGGAUGGUACGGUGAAAAAAAACAGUGCAGAAUUUACGACGAAUUUUAACACGACUACUGCAAUUCGUGGAGAAAAUGGGCAAUACCAAUUUACAUUUGACCAUUCCCUACAAGAUAAUACCCAGAGCUUGAAAGGGUCAUCAAAAGAAACUCUCGUGACGAAACAGGAUGGUGCUUCACCUUUGGCAAAUGUCGCACUUGAACCAAGCGAUGAUGAAUGCUUGAAGCAAAGAUUAGAUAAAGUAAAAGAUUUCUGGCCUGGCCAGCAACAAUUUGCAAAUAAUUUACUUGGAAAUGAUAACGAAAGUGCGACGAUUACGCCACUGGUUGCUGACAAAAGCGGAUCUAGUAAUGUUGGAGUUUCUUCCGUGCCACAUGGUCCAAACGUUGCUAAAGUAAGACCACAGCCUCAGGCAAGUGAACAAGUAACAAACAACGCCACAGCAAACUUGAAAGAAACGAGUUCGUCGACUCCAUUUGUUCCGCUCCUUCCACCACCUUCUCCUAUUGCAUGCUUGCCGCCAGGAGCUUAUCUGCAGUCUCUUACGCAAGUUCCACCACCGGCACCAUUUCCACAUUAUUCGAUGAUGUUUAAUGAACCGUAUAACCCUAAUUCGUCGACUACUUCUGCUCAAACGCUAAUUAGUAAUGCUGUCCCAGCAAGUCAAACUCAGACAACGCGUUCGCGACCCGGUUCAUUUGUCGAGCAAUCGCAGCUCUUCAUUCAUCCACCUCCCAAUGGUACUGCGGGAAACAGUAUGACUUGGUCGAAUGCUAAUCCGCAAAUUGAGUUACUGGCCGGAAUCAACGCCACACCUCCACUUGCAUCGCAACCUGUCAGUUCUGUGCAGCGUUUCCAAGUUAGCUCACCUCGAUCUGCUUCCGCGUUUGGUCCAAUACCAUCACUUUUAAGCAGCAAUGCUAAGAUCCCACAUAUGGGGCGACCUCCGCCUCAUCCGCAUCAGGUUCCCCCACCAUUACAUCCGCCACAUAAUUUCAUGGCUCCUCCUCCGGACCUUGUUUCUUUGCAAGGCACAAGUUUGGGUGCUGUAGGUAGUCAACGGAGCGGGGAAACACAGAAUGCAGCGAAUAACCCUUUGUCCAGAAAUACAAAUACUAUCGGACAAAUUCCACACUUGCAGCAGCCGUUAAACUUUUCGCAGGCGUCACAAACUGGAUACUCCAUGUCGGCAGCUGCUACCUUCAAUCAGGCACCACAACUUCAUGCAUUCACAGCUCCACCACCACCAAUACGUUAUCCAGCAGUUCCACAACUUGCCAAUGAUGCGAGUAGUGUUGUAACGGGCUGGACAAGAGCUCCUGCGCUUUCCUUCAAAUAUACAAAUAGUACUGUUUUCCCAGCAAGUCGUCCUGCGUUAUCACGUUACCAGUCUUCGGAUCGUUGGGCAGUUCCAGUGAGCCUUCCAGUGCAGUAUCACGGCGCACAAAAUUACCAGCAUCAGAAUGCUAAUAAAGAAGGUAGUGAUGUAAUUAUUCAUGGAAAUAUUGAUCGCUUCCAAGGAACGCAUGUGAACAGUACUCGUGGCCCUACGCCCGAAGAAAGUAGUGUUCGUGCAAGUUCGGUUUCCAGUAUUUCCGCUUCCGGCACUACGACUGAACCGCUGGAUAGUUCAAAUCGACAAAAAAAAGCAGCUAAAGUUUAAGUGUUUCCUUCUAAUUAGAAGUAGAAAACAACGGAUUUUGAUUGUACUAGAUAAUAGUUUCCAGUUCAUGUACUGUUGUUACUGUCUUAUCUUUUCUCUGGAGCAUAUUGCUUUUUUAGCCAUUUUUGCAUUUUUUCCAUUGUUAUGGAAAGAAGAGCGGGGAAUUGAAGUUAUAAUUUCCUACAAAAUCCGUGAAAAUCAAAAAAUGGCUUUCUUAUUUGGUUACUUUGCAUUUAUGUGUUUAUCCUUGUCUCUUUCGCAUUAAGAAUUUCGUCAGCUUAUCUGCGAAAAGUGUCCUAUUGUUCUGUUUUUCCUAUUGUGAAGUAUUAAUGUAGAUCCACUUGUUCGCUGGGAAAAGAAUUUCUUGUAUUCUUUUCAAAGUCUCUCAAAAUAAAAUAAUUUUGGUGAGAUCUGCUGCUGACAUUUCACUUUUGA